AUGCGGCAUUACUGUUUUUUCAAUCAAUGUCAUGUUCAUGUAAGUCGAUUAAAAUUUAUUUUACAUUUAAAAAUUUAGCAAGCCACCAGAAACAUCGGGCUUAUUGUUUUUAUGACGUCAUUUGCGUUUUUGAUUUAUAUGGCCCAAAAACAAUAUGCUGGAGUGUAUCAUGAAGGAGGGAAAAAAGGUAUUUUUAUGGCUAAAAACUUAUCUUUUGAGAAUGAAAAAAUUAUGGAUAAAAAACGUUAAAUUUUAUGCAUCAUCUAAAAUUAUGGAGAAAAAACGUAAAUUUUUGAGAUGCAGAAAGUGUUUGAUUUUAUUAAAAAAUUAUCGCAAAUUACUUUUUUACAUCAAAUUUUUACCGCACAGUGCAAAAAAAUUUAAAAUAAAAAAUUGCACAGUGCAAAAAAAACAAAGAAAAUUUUUGCACGGUGCGAAAAAAUUGAAUCAAAAAUUUGCCCCGAAAAGUGUAAAAAAUCAUCUGAAUUUUCAGAUAACUGCCAUUGGGGCGACUUUCGUAUCGGAUGUUUGCCGAAAAUCGAGCUAAUUCCGAUGACAAUCGCCUGUCUGAGCAGUUUAUUGCUAUUAAUCGGCCAUUUCCUCAAGAAAUGGCAACUCUACCUUCCAUUUAUUAUAUCCACAAUUGUCGCUGUAAUUCUGAUCUUCAUCUGCAUUAUCAAUGACUUGGUUAAUCUUCAAGAUUCUCAGCAAAAUUCGAAAAAAAUCCGGAUUUAUUGCGAAAUCGGGGUUUUUUUCGUUUUUGCCCUCUUUUACUACUAUUGUAUUGGCGUGGUGGUGGAUGGAAUGAACUUCUUGAGGCUGGUGAAGUAUUAUUAG